AUGAAGGAGCUUUCGAGGAGACGUGAUUUCGUGAAACCGGGCCUUUUGGCUUCCCUGGUUGGAAACUACUAUCUGCCCUUACUGAUGCUAAAAAGCUACAAAAACCAAUUGGAGCAGCGAGAUGCACACGUGAAGAUGUGCUGGAAAGUAGUGGAGGAUUUGAAGAAAGCAGGAAUUCCUAUACUCGAAGAGGAGCAGAAUAGGCUCAUAUACUUGGGGUUCUUUCGUGACAGGAAGGACAUUUUGGAAGAGAUCAAAAGUGCCCAUGCAUCUGCUUUAAAAAAGCUUGAACCUGAUGUGGCUAAGAAGUAUGCAAAGUUCAGAAUCAGGCCGCCUUCGCUAACAUGGGCUGUGUAUUGCAGACUCAAGGAAACCCUUCCUGCGAAACUUCCUCUUGGUACUGUCAAUGUGCUUCUUUUUAGUGCCUUACGAAGUGAAAGUUUCGAUGUUGUCGAGGAUUUGAAGUAUACAUUGAACUUCACUGGAAAAGAGCUGCAAAAACUUGAUCCCGAUGGUGAAACCUUUCUGACGUUGAUACACGGGUACACUGACUACGGAAAAUACGAAACGGCAUUUGAGUACGCCUCCUUUAUGAUUGAUGACUGGCCACAAUUGGUCGAUAUAAAAGCUGUCAAUGCCAUUAUAAACGCCUUAGUCAAGUCUGGAUCAGACAAAGAGGCCAAAAAGAUCUUACAGGCUGUGACCUCUCAGACCACAAGACCCUUAGAGUCUCAGGAGUGCUAUCUCAAAAAGUUGACACCGAAAGAUGACGAAUUAUAUGCUGCUGCUUUAGCUGAAGGCACCAAAUAUGGCACACACAGGGUGUUUCCUACGGAAAAUACCUUCCUCCCUGUGCUCGACAGUUCUUGUUCCCCUGGAGCCUCAUUCGCUAAAAUUGAGCAGCUAUUAGGGAUCAUGGAGCACACAUGCCAGCUUCCGUUGACUACCAGAGUCUUCAUCAAGAUAUUCGAAUCCUUCAAAAACAAUAAGUACUCACUUCAAGACGCCCAGGACCUUCUUGCCAAGGUGAUAGCUCUUCACGAUACCUACCAUGAUAUCAGCACCGAUUUACGAUUGAAGGACAAAAUCGGCAAGCUCCACAUGCAUCCAGAAGUUGAGUCUUGGCUCAAUCAGGCUAUGGUUUCCGAGAAAGCCAAUCUUCCUGUCGAACAUGGCGCAUUUCUCAAGCUUCUGGACCGUCUUGUGCUGCUGAUAUACGAGGCUUUUGACGCUGUGGUGGAGAAUCGUGAUUUGGCUGGCCAAAUCGCUGAACACAGAAACAGGCUUUUUGAGCAGCUCAGGAGAAUCAGGGGAGACGGACGCCAGGGAGUCGAUGGACCCUCUACUACGGAGCUAUACCGUCGUGACGAGGUGAAUUACAUCAAAAAAGGUCAUCUCAUUGAUCUUUUGGAUAUGGUUAGUUGA